CGAGAGCUGAUUCUCCACUCUUCCCCUGCUGUCUUCAACGGCUUUCGCUCUCUCGCCGCUAGGGCUCCGGCGAUUGGGAGAUCUCCGUCUCGAUCUCCACCGGCGUCCCCCUCGCGAGAUCCCCGUUUCCUCCAUCGAUCAGAUCUUGGCCUGCUGGCUUGGUAGCGGGCUUGAUCACCAGCUUCCCGUCGGAGAAGAGCUCGUCGGCGGGCGAUCGAGGUUACUGGUAGUUAGUGAAAAAUCUGCCAGCUGCUUUUCAAGGACCUGAGAGUCAAGGAACUGUAUAGAGAGCACCAGCAUCUUUGGAGCACAAGCUUGCAGAAAAGAGAUUUUUGGAGCAAGAGCUUGCUGAAGGGAAAAAAAAUUUAAGAAGAAUAGGACACACAAUUGCAUCAGGUGCCUUUUCCAUAAAGAGCACCUCCCAGCAUUAUUUGUCCAUGUAAUACCAUGAAUUCUUUAGCAAAUGAUUCUUCACCCGUGUACUCAAUCUUUUCAAAUUCAAAAGGCUAGUCAUGGCGGACUCUUUUACCAUCCAGAUAAGCUCCAAUUUAGUCAACCGACUGUCUGGCGAUGAAAAUAAUAUAAAGAAGAAAACCAAGAAACCCAAGGCAAAAGUUGCACGGGAACCUCAUCAACCCAAGGUGAAGCCAACUCCCAACACACCAACCAGCAGUUCCGGUGGGGCAUGGCCACUCCAGCCCCCUAUGUUCUUACCAGUAGCCCCUCCGCCCCCACCUGCAAUUGCAGAGCUGGAAGCAAUACGAUCUGUACUGCAGGAGAGUGAAAGAGUUGUGGAGAAGCUGGAGAAACAGGAGUCUAGCAUGCUUCAGGAGCUCAAUCAGAGAGCAAAAGAACUCCGGAACAAAGAAUUCAAGCUGCCCUACCAGAAUCCCAUACCAUGUACAGCCGAGAGAGAGGCUUGCCUUCAAUGUUACAAGGAACAUGCUAAGGAUCCGCUGAAAUGUGCACAAGUGGUGAAAAAUUUUGCUGAUUGUGCUCGGCAGGCAAGGCAGCAGGUCAGUUGAACAAUCAAUAGAACUCACAUUGGAACAAAGUAGGAGCCAUACAAAACCUGUUUCUGCUGGAUGUGUUUUGAGAUUCAAUAAUCAGAGCUUGAUGGAACAUGCUAUCAUUUUUCAGAAACUAUUCAACUUCUGCUUUUUCUCUUACCAUUCAGUUUUGUUAUUCUAUGAUCAUUAACGUGCAUGAGUAUUAGAGGUGCAGGAUUUCAACCUUACGUUUCACACCUUUCA